AUGUCAAAGACUAACAUCCUAAUCGUCGCAGCACUUUUACUUAGCUUCAUGGUUGUUUCUUCAGUGGCUCGUCCCGACUCGACUCUCCAGAGAAAAUCUGCGGAGACGGAGAAGAAGUGUGAAACGGAGGAGUGUUUGAUGAAAUCAACGUCCGAUGCUCACCUCGAUUACAUCUAUACACAACACUCUCCUCCUACAGAAAUGAAGAAGAAGUGUGAUACUGAGGAAUGUCUGAUGAAAACGACAUCGGAUGCUCACCUCGAUUACAUCUACACUCAGACGGCUCCUCGCACACCUUAA